CUUUGGGUUUUAGUCUGAGACUGAAGCACCACCCGAGCGGUUGAUCGCGCACUCCGAAAUUGUUAUCGGAAUCGAGUAGCCGAAAUUCAGAGAUUCGUUUGGAUCUGCAUCUGGUCGAUGCAGGUGGUGGGCGGGGAAUUAUUAGCCCUGGCUCCGAAAUCAACCAGAUUUUAUUGCAAAAUCGGAAACGAGUCCGACUGGGUGCACUAGGCGUAUACGCAACGCGCUAAUAAGUCGUUCAUACGUCACGGAGGCGCGACCAUUGAACCAAAGGCCAGUUAUCGUACGACACCCGACGGUUGACAACUUCAGUGUGUGACAAAAUCAGAAAGUGUGUGAGACACCUGCUAGUCGCAGAAAAUGGGCUACGACGACGUCAUCACCCACCUGGGUGAAUUCGGACGCUAUCAGAAGCGUAUCUACUACCUACUCUGCCUGCCGGCCAUUGUGUGCGCCUUCCACAAGCUGGCAGGGGUGUUCCUGCUAGCCAAGCCGGACUUUCGCUGUGCCCUGCCCUUCGAGGAAAGCAACAGCUCUUACGAGCUGCCCCAGAAUCUGUGGAAUCUCUCGUACCCCCAGGGCGAGGUGUGCGAGAUCUACGAUGUGGAGUACAGCGAGGCCUACUUGAACGGCAGCAUUCCCAGGAGAACUAACCAGACCAGGAGCUGUUCUGCUUACGUGUACGAUCGGAGCAAGUACCUCAAUAGUGCCGUCACAGAGUGGGACAUGGUUUGCGAUCGCAGUCUUUUAAGUGCCACUAGUGACUCGCUUUUCAUGCUCGGCGUGCUCCUCGGCAGCUUCAUCUUUGGCCAGAUGUCCGACAAACUGGGCAGGAAGCCCACCUUCUUCGCCUCCCUGGUGAUCCAGCUGAUCUUCGGCGUCCUGGCUGCAGUGGCUCCGGAAUACUUUAGUUAUACUAUUUCCCGAAUGAUUGUGGGUGCCACUACCUCGGGCGUUUUCCUGGUGGCGUAUGUGAUCGCCCUGGAGAUGGUAGGAUCUUCCUAUCGACUCUUCGCCGGCGUGGCCAUGCAAAUGUUCUUCUCCGUGGGCUUCAUGCUGACUGCUGGGUUUGCGUACUUCAUUCACGAUUGGCGUUGGCUGCAAAUCGCUCUCACCCUUCCGGGACUUCUCUUUCUCUGCUAUUAUUGGAUUGUGCCAGAAUCGGCUCGCUGGCUCUUGCUCAAAGGCCGCAAGGACGAGGCCUUUGUUAUAAUCGAGAAGGCAGCCAAGGAGAAUCGAGUGGAGAUACCCAACGCGAUCUAUGAGCAGCUGGUGGAAGAGGUGGCCGAAAAGAAGAAGCAGGACGAGCUGACAGCCUCCCAGCCGGCAGCCACCGUGUUCGAUCUCCUGCGGUACCCGAAUCUGCGCCGGAAAACCCUGCUCAUCUUCUUCGAUUGGUUUGUGAACAGCGGUGUCUACUACGGACUCUCCUGGAACACCAACAAUCUGGGUGGCAACCAGCUGGUAAACUUUAUGAUCUCUGGCGCCGUGGAGAUACCCGGAUAUACGCUGCUGCUCUUCACCCUGAACCGUUGGGGUCGUCGGUCCAUUUUGUGCGGUACUAUGCUGAUAGCUGGGGUCAGUCUUCUGGCCACGAUCUUUGUGCCCAGCGACAUGAACUGGCUGAUCAUCGCCUGCGCCAUGAUUGGGAAGCUGACCAUCACCUCCUCUUACGGCACCAUCUACAUCUUCUCGGCGGAGCAGUUCCCGACUGUAGUGAGAAAUGUGGGCCUGGGUGCCUCUUCCAUGAUAGCCCGAGUCGGUGGCAUUUUGGCGCCAUAUCUGAAGCUCCUCGGCGAGAUCUGGCGGCCCCUUCCACUGAUUAUCUGUGGAGCUCUGUCCCUUAUCGCCGGACUACUGUCGCUGCUUCUGCCCGAAACUCUAAACCAACCGAUGCCAGAGACUAUCGAAGAUGGCGAGAAUUUCGGCAAGAAAACGUCAAAGACCCCACAGUCCACUGAGGAGGGAGUCAACCAGGAACUGCGGGGGAUGCUGGAUGGAAAAUCUAGCUAAUGGAAGGCCAGACACAGUCUGGAGACGGAUGGAAUCAAUUGGUUCGCGUCAUACGAAUUUAAUCAUUCUGGAAAUUUUCAUUCCUCCACAAAUUCAUUCCAUUCAAAGCGCGUUCUCAACUUUGUUUACCUUUACAAACAAUAAAAUAAAAUAAAUUGAAAAUAAUAAAAUCUAAACGAAAA